AUGCUUCGUUGUAGCAAUGUGUGCCUCCGAUACUUGGGUGCCGGCACUCGAAUCCACUCCGCGGGCUCACAAGCAUUGUUGAAAGCCAGUGCCCUGCCUCGCUCUCGAUUCGAUUCAUUCCAGCGAAAUGCGUCUUCCGCCACGCAACCUUACCCGUUCGAUACCGAAAAUGAUUACUCCGAGCAAUGGGACAGGAACAGGGAAAGGCGACCCCGCGUCAGACAAGUUGGCACAGGCUUGGAGGACUCAUAUCGAAACGUACGACUCUCAGAAACCCUGAGCUACUCGCGCAAGCAGAAAAAGAGGGCCAGACGAGAGAUUCGUGGCGAUAAUAAAGAGGUGGAUUUGCUCAUGGAACUUUCCAAAGGUAGGAGUCUGCCCGAAGGAGUCAAUCCGACCGUUGUGAACAAGGAGUUGCAGUGGUUGAAGGAUCCCAAGGAGCUGUCAAAUCGUGUGGCAAGGCUGCUUGAUGCGGGCCAGGUUCCGUUGGCUGUUGCUAUGAUACGAAAGUCGGAAUCGUUGAGAAUAGAUUCCUCAGCUGCUUGGAAUAGGUUGUUGGGGCACUGCUUUAAACGAGGGGCGCCUUUGGCGGCGUUCAAGUUUUACAAUGAUAUGAAGAAAAGGGCCCGCGCACCCACUGACCGUACUUACACUGUCAUGCUGAGGGGAUUAUGUUUACGGUCCAGACAAUCUGUGAAGCACGUCGAACUUGCCAAAAGAGUCUACCAACAAUUGCUUUCUCCGAGUUCAGGUGUACAGCCUUCCCACUAUCAUCACCACGCAAUGCUUGAAGUUUGCGGGACAUAUCACGAUAUGGACGCCCUGUGGGAUGUCAUCGGAAAACUGCCUGAGAACGGGCGCAGCAAACCGAACGCCCAGACAUUCACCGUGAUUCUCAUGGCCUUGCGCAACUCUUUCGACAACGACAUAGAAUCCAUCCCCGAGGAUAAAAUGGAAUUGAGGAAGAAGAAACGCGAAAGUUUCAUCCGCGAUUCUAAGCGGAUAUGGUUGGAGAUUAUAACGCAGUGGCAGAAGGGCCAGCUGGAAAUUGACAACGAGCUUGUUGGCGCCAUGGCUACUGUUCUCUCGGAUCCCAUGGACGAGCUCAAUUCGUACAAUGUUCUCGCUCUGUUCAACCAAACAAUGGGCAUCCCGAUUCUUCUCUCACAGCCCAAGGAUCUCUCGAUGAAGGGCUCCGCGCAAGGAAAGUGGGAAGCUGCUGUGCGUGCCAGCAAAGACCGACCUAAUUAUACCAAUUGGCAGUCUCUAAACUCGGAAUCAGACGCUGCUGAUGAAGAAGAGCUGGAAGAUAUUCCAUUCGAAGAAGAAGGAAAUCAUGGCCUAGAGGACGAAAACGCAUGGGAACACAAUCUAGAAGGUGUCUUUGACCCAGUGGACAAAGUCAAUACUGCAGACGGGCCGUCUUUCCUUGUGCCAAAUAAUAUGGUACUCAACCAUAUUCUCACUGUAUGCCGGAUUUUGUCAAAAGGCACGGCUGCAGGAAGGGGUUAUUGGAACCUAUUCACCUUGGAUGAGAAGGGCUACAACGUGAAACCAGACGAGGGCAACUUUCACGAGUAUCUGCGACUUUUGCGAAUUUCUCGAUCUAGUCACACCGCAGUCGACGUGAUAAAGCAGCAAAUGGUCCCCGCGGGCUUGGUUGAAGGAAAGACGUUCCAUAUUGCGAUGAGCUGUUGUCUCCGCGACCGAACCAACCCCAACGUGCUCGUCAACGCGCAAGCUCUUCUAAGUCUUAUGAAAGACACUCUCCCUCUCCCCGACCCCAGACCACUGAAAAGCUUCAUCGAUCUCUCCGACGCACUCACCGAAAACCCUCAAUGGCUCCUUGGUCUCCGGGGACUAGAAGACAUUGACCAAAACUCGACAAAUCUCACCAUGAUGGGUCGAAACAUGAGAUGGGCGCUCCAUAAAACCGUCAUCGCCAGUCUUGAACCGCAUAUAAACCGACUGUACGAGUCAAUGAAGCAGCAAGCAGAUCUUCCGCCGCCAUCGUUCUCCGCGCCAUCACCGUCCGCAGACGCCGUGAAUGGCUUCCUUGCGGUUGAAUUCAUGAUCAAAGCCCGCGAGAUGUUGGACAAAUGUUUAGGGUCACAGUUUGAGGAUAUCAUCACGAAAUCUGACCGGGACUGGGUUGCGCCGCUGGCUAUCAAAUUGAGAAUGUUCUCAAAGUCCGAGGUCGCCAACAAGCUUCGGAAAGCGCAUAUUCGUCCUUUGACUCAUCAUUAUUUGUCUGAAAAGGCUGCUGAAACUGAGGACGCUCAAUCAUGCUGA